UAUAAAUAAAAGACAUCACGGGUCAGUUUGGAUCUCAGUGUAAUGGCGAGAAUACAAAUUAAACCAAAAACCCUAAUCUGAAAAAGAGGUGGAAAAAUGUCGAUUUCGAAAUUCGCAGUUAAUUAUCGCAGAAAAGAUGAUAAAGAUCAUGGUUAUGGAAAUAAUUUAAGGAAGAAGAUGAAGAAUCAGAAGAUCGAAGAAGAAGUUGAAGUUGAAGGAAGGAGCAAUGUAAAGAAGAAGAAGAUGAAGACCGAAGAAAAAGAUGAUAAAGGUCAUGGUUCUAAUUUAAGUAAGAAGACGAAGAAUCAGAAGAUCGAGGAAAAAGUUGAAGCAAGGAGCAAUCUGAAGAAGAAGACGAAGACCGAAAAAAAAAAAGAAAAGGAUGAAAUUGAAAUGAUCCAAAUAUCUCUUCCAAUUGAAUUGAUUCUAGAGUUUCUAUCAAGACUACCAGUUAAAUCUCUGACGAGAUUAAGCUGCACAAAAAUUAGGUCUCCUAAUUCCGGAUUACUACGAACAUGUGCUUCAGCCGUAUUCACUUCUUAUGGAGCCGCAGGAGCAGGAGGAGGAGCUUUGUUUUGGUGGACUACUGAUCCACAGGUAAUUCUCUUGUUUGACCUCCAUGAGAACAAGUUGCAAUACAUCCGAAUCCCACUUGAACGGGACACACAUACUCGGAGGUUUGAGCAUAAAGGAUUCUUAGUUGUUGCCCGUCUUGAAAAGAAAUCACCAACGACGCUUACUUUGGGAAAGGUUCACUUGAAAAUAUUGAAGGCUUACAAAGAUGACCAAGUUUGGGCCGAGGAGACCAUUGAUCUUUCGGCGUAUUCGAUUCCUUUCAGUAGCACUUUUCGGUUCAUGAGCUUCUCCGACCAGAUAUUACUGUACUGGGUGGAUGCCAAAAAUUUUCAUUUCUUCAAUCUGCAAAAGAGAUGUCUCAAGGUUGUUAGGAACCUAGAUUCAUGCAUCUCUGAGAAGAUGCUACCCACAGUUGUUAGACCCUAUGACUACUGGCUGAAUUGUGAGGUUGAGAACAUCUGCGCUUUGAGAACCUUGUUGCCUGCACGAGCUCAAAUAUCUGAUCGUGCUGCUUUAAAUUCGAUGAUGAAGAAAAACUUCGAGAAUAUGUGGACUCUGCAACAACCAAAGACAGUUGGAGGAAUUUUCUCUUCAUAUUACAAAUCAAAAACCAACAGUCACUACUUCUUCGAUGAUUAGGAGGUUUUACCUGUAGGUGCAUUAUAUUUGUUUGGUUUACUGUUUCAUUAAAUUUUGGUUUAAUUGUCGAUGGCAAAACUUCAUUUAUCUGCUGGACCUAUUGAGAUUCUGUAGCUCCUAUAUUUGUAUACAAUGUUUCUUUUUAUAAUGGAAUGGAAAAUCAAUGACCAAAUGAACAUCUUUUGCCCA